UAUUGGAAAUUUCCUUAUUCUCUUCUCUCAUGCUUCUUGGUCUGAGACUCACUAACGCAGACCAGACGAGGACCCAAACUAUGCCAAAGUCCAACCGUCCUUAACUCCAAUUUCCUCAUACGAUUCAUUUCAUUUGAAUUUCGCGACUGAGCUCCGGCCAUGGCUGCAAAUUCACUUCCAAUACUAUAUGCUCUUGUUCUCGCACUGAGCCUGUUCGCGUUUCAAUCCGAGUCGGCGCCUCAAGCUUUCCGGAGAGAUCCAGGUCACCCUCAGUGGCACCACGGCGCCUUCCACGACGUCCGUGACACCAUUCGCUCCGAUGUCCGCCGCAUGCUCCAUUCUCGCGCCGAGGUGCCGUUCCAGGUUCCACUGGAAGUGAAUGUGGUGCUUGUUGGUUUCAAUGGUGAUGGAGGCUAUAGGUACUCGGUGGACGCGCACAAAUUGGAGGAGUUGCUCAAGAUCAGCUUCCCGACGCACCGUCCGGCGUGUCUUGAGACCGGGGAGGCUCUUGAUAUCGAGCAUCAAAUUGUCUACAAUGCCUUCCCUGCUGGGCAGCCGGAGCUUAUAGCUCUCGAGAAGGCUUUGAAAGAGGCGAUGGUUCCUGCAGGAAAUGCGAGAGAGACUGAAUUUGGAAGGGAAGUGCCUCUAUUUGAGGUGGAUGCAACUGUAGUGGAGCCGGUAUUUCAGAGGUUGUAUUCCUAUAUAUUCGACACAGACAAUUCGGCUGUUUCUGCUAUGGAGUUGGAUCGCCAAGUGCCAAGUGCAAUAUUUGUGGUCAAUUUUGAUAAGGUCAGAAUGGAUCCUAGGAAUAAGGAAAUUGAUCUUGACAACUUGAUGUAUGGAAAAAUUACACAACUAACUGAGGAUGAUAUGCAAAAACAAGAGGGAGACUAUAUUUAUCGCUAUCGGUACAAUGGAGGAGGUGCCUCUCAAGUUUGGCUGGGCUAUGGCAGAUAUGUAGUGAUCGAUCUCUCGGCCGGCCCGUGUACUUAUGGAAAGAUCGAAACUGAAGAGGGAACUGUCAGUUCUCGGACCCUGCCACGACUACGGAAUAUUAUGUUUCCAAGAGGAAUGGGUGCAGCUAGUGAUCACUCUACACAUGAUGUAUUUGUUGGACAACUUGCCUCUCUAGUAUCCACCACGAUUGAGCAUGUUAUAGCUCCAGAUGUUAGAUUUGAAACUGUUGAUCUGACAACGAGGCUGCUUUUACCAAUAAUUGUGCUGCAAAAUCAUAAUCGGUACAAUAUUAUAGAGAAGGGCCACAACUACAGUAUAAAUAUUGAAGCAAUUGAGGCACAGGUGAAGAAAAUGAUUCAUGAUGGGCAAGAAGUUGUGAUUGUUGGGGGUUCACAUUCAUUACAUCGCCAUGAGAAGUUGGCAAUUGCCGUUUCAAAAGCUAUGCGAGGCCAUUCCCUUCAAGAAACUAGGAAUGAUGGACGCUUUCAUGUUCAUACCAAGACAUAUCUGGAUGGUGCUCUUCUUAAAGAAGAGAUGGAACGUUCUGCUGAUGUGCUUGCUGCUGGUUUGCUUGAGGUGGCUGACCCAUCUCUUUCGAGUAAAUUUUUCCUCCGCCAGCAUUGGAAUGAUGAAUCUAUUGGUGCAAGUGAUUCUAUACUCAAACAUAAACCUCUUUGGUCUACUUAUGACAAAAAAGUUGGCAAGAAGAAAAAGAAAAAAGAAAGGAAACAGGGAGAUCUGUACCGAACUUAUGGAACAAGAGUAAUUCCUGUCUUUGUGCUAUCAUUGGCUGAUGUGGACCCACACCUUAUGAUGGAAGACGAAAGUCUUGUAUGGACAAGCAAAGAUGUCGUGAUUGUACUUGAGCAUCAAAAUCAGCAGAUACCUCUUAGUUAUGUGUCAGAAACACAGAGAAGGCAUGCCGAACCAUCUCAGGUACAGCGCCAUAUAUUGGCAGGGCUUGCUUCUGCUGUGGCAGGGUUGAGUGCACCAUAUGAGAAGGCUUCUCAUGUACAUGAAAGGCCAGUCGUGAAUUGGCUAUGGGCAGCUGGGUGUCAUCCAUUUGGACCAUUCUCUAAUACUUCUAAAGUCAGCCAAAUGCUUCAAGAUGUUGCAUUGAGGAACUCAAUAUAUGCGCGUGUAGAUUCUGCACUCCACAAAAUCCGUGAUACGUCAGAGGCUGUACAAACAUUUGCUGCCGAGUAUCUUAAAACUCCGCUUGGUGAGCCAGUGAAGGGCAAGAAGAACAAAACCACCACUGAGCUAUGGGUGGAGAAGUUUUACAAGAAGACCACUAACUUGCCUGAACCUUUCCCACAUGAAUUAGUUGAUAGAUUGGAGAACUUCUUAAAUAACCUUGAGGAACAGCUAGUAGAUUUGUCUUCGUCGUUGUAUGGUCACCGGCUACAAGAUGCACAUUUCAACAGUUCUGAGAUUCUCCAGAGUUCCAUAUUUACCCAGCAGUACGUAGAUCAUGUUUUGUCAAACGAGAGGGAAAAGAUGAAAUGCUGCAACAUUGAGUACAAAUAUCCUGUGCAGUCAUCUCAAACUUAUGUCUAUGGGGGGAUUCUUCUUGCUGGAUUCGUUGUAUAUUUUAUUGUCAUUUUCUUUUCAAACCCUGUACGCUAACCCUUUGAUAAAUCUUGUACCAUGAGACACGAACGUCUCUUAGACUCUUACACAGAAGAAAUGUAGAAGAAACACAAUGUUGACAUUGAGUAGGAAUACCCUGAAAUUUUGUAGUAGUACAUUUCUCUGCCUGGUUAUAAUUUGAGUGAAAUAUUCUUCAACA